AUGCCUAAUGGAAUAACAAAAAGUGAUGUACCAUUUGCUACAUUGGUUUCGGGUGAAAGUAAUUGCAAGCGAAUAGGCUUGGUAGAAUUAGAUAGAGAAAGCAAAGUGGCAAUACAAGGAAUGGAAAUGGAUAAUAAAAUAAUUGUCUUUGAUGGAAGAGAAGAAAAUUAUAGAAGUAAAAACCGCUUGAUAAUAAUAAAAAUUAAAUUGUUUAUGGUAAAUGCACAAGAAUUAUUAGACAUUACUUAUACUAAACAAGAAAAAGAAUUAACAAAAAAAAUAGAUCUCAGCAACCAAAAUCUCACUGGAUCCUUAACCAUCCAAGACUUCCCCAACCUAGAAACCAUUAAAUGCGGCAACAAUAAUCUUACCAGCCUGGAACUCAUCAAUUUACCAAAAUUAAAUUAUUUUCAUGCUAACAAUUGCCAACUCAAUUAUAUAAUCAUCGAUAAUUGUCCAAACAUCACCGAAUUCAACUCUGCCAACAACCUCCUCACCAGCACUGAAUUUCACAACAAUCUAAACUCCGAAAAACUAACUCAUUUAAGUAUUCACAGCAAUAACUUUCAAGAGCAAGACUUAUCUUUUUUAAGCAAAUUCAGCAACUUAGAAAAAUUAUUCAUCGAUAAUCACAGUCAAGAAAAACUUCACCAAAACAUUUACAAUCGCUUCACCGAUGAAAAUUAUCCUCCUCAUACUAAUCGGCAGUAUUAUUCAGAAAUAAUUAUGAAUGAUAAGAAUGUGGUCGGGAAAUUAGAUUUGGGUGGUUUUAGGGGUUUAAAGAAAUUAAUUUGUUCUGAUAAUCAAUUAACUGAUUUAGAUUUAAGUGAUUGUCCAAAUUUGCUGGAACUUAAUUGUUCUAAUAAUGAAUUUACUAACACUAAAUUUUUACAAACCAUACCUGAUAAAGGAAAAUUAGAAGUGUUAAUUAUAGAAAAAAAUAAGAAUUUAACUCCUCAAACAUUAGAUUUUUUAACUCUUUUUACCAACUUGCACAAAUUAGACCUUAGUGAUAAUGAAUUCAUUGGCAGUUUAAAACCCUUAGAAAAGAUGAAAGAAUUAAGAUUGAUUGACAUUAGUCGCACUGACAUCGAUUCAGGAUUAGAAUAUUUACCAGAUAAUUGCCGAGGGUUAUAUUGUGAUCCUGAUGCAAAAAAAAGAGAAUCACAACUGCCAGCCAGCAAAAUAGUAGAAUUAGACACUUUACAAUCUCCAGAACAAUUCAGCAAAUUUGGCUAUCUAAGUGCUGUAGAGUUAUCUUCCACAGUCACUACCGUAGUUGGAGGUGCCUUGACCUUACUAGAUUACGCCACUACCGGAGGAGUUAUUACUUUAGUAGCUCCCUUAGUGGGAGCUGGGGCUUCCCAGAUAAAAAUCGGAAUAUUAAAACUAACCAAAGAUCAUAAACUGGACAAAGUUAGUGAGGCAUUGGAAAUUUUAAAUAAUAGAGUUAACGACUUUUUGGAUGCCUACGAUAAACCUGGAACUAGUGGAGAAAGAAAUGGAGUAAUUGAUCUUGCCGAAUUAACUUCCUUAGAAGCCCGACAAGAAUUAGCCCAAGAUUUUAGUAAAGAAAGACCCGAAGGAGGCGGUAGCCAAUUAGGUGAUAUUGUUCAAGCCCUGAUAAAAUUAGAGGAGGAAAUAAGAAAAUAUCGCCAAGGAUUUUAUUAUGGAGUUAGUGAAGAAGAAGGUUCGGGAACAAUUAAUAAAGAAAGCGAACCAAUUAAACCAGCGGAAGCAAGUAAUAAUCAGUUACCAGUUAGAGAAAAACCUUGUUUUAAUAUUUAUAGUAAUGCCGGAGCAGAAGGAGGAGCUCGGCAAGCAGUAUUUCAUUUUCAUCUGCAUGUAGUCCCUGAAAGAGAAGUGGAGAAGUAUCAAGAGAUAGAAAAGUCUUUACAAACUAAGCAAGGAGUAAUUGCUGAAAAUAAGCAGGCUUUGGCUAAGUUAAUUGAUCGGGAGCAGGCUUCCGAUUAUGGUCAUGUAGUUAUUAGUAGUAAAGAGUCUGAUAAUGACCUAAAUCAGAUUGGCGGCUUGUCUCGGUCAGAUAAUUCUGAAUUACAAAUUCAUCUUAUACCUCGCUAUAAAUCUCAGGGUCAUGCAGCGAAAGAAGAGAUUCCAAUUCCUAAAGAAGUGUUAGAGGUGGCGGAGAGAUUAAGAAGGGCAGAUAAUGAAAUAAGUCAGAGGGAAGAAAAUAAUCUACUCCAAAACCAAGUAGAAAUUCCUCCCAAAA